AAGUCGCACCUUUAUCCCAAGAGAUGGCUGAUCGAUAUCUCCUCGCAUCCAACCUCCCUACUGAGGGCACCCGCGUCCCCGAGCGCAGUGCUAAGAAGCUCGAGGCCCAGGCCCAGCUCAAGGAGCAGAAGCUCGCUGCUAUUGCUGCCAACAAGAAGACUAACCGUGCCUCCAGGAACGCCUUGAAGCUUCGUGCUUUGAAGUACCAGAAGGAGUACAAGUCUGAGGAGCGCCGCCUUAUUGGCCUUCGUCGUGAGGCUAAGAAGUUCGGCAACUACUUCGUUGAGCCCGAGGAGAAGCUCGUUUUCGUCGUCCGUCUUGCUGGUAUCAACAAGCUCGCCCCCAAGCCCCGCAAGAUCCUGCAACUCUUGCGUCUUCGCCAGUUGAACAACGGCGUCUUCGUCAAGGUCAACGGACCUAUGAUGCAGAUGCUCCGUACCGUUGCUCCCUAUGUUGCCUUCGGUUACCCUAGCGUUUCCACUGUCCGUGAGCUCAUCUAUAAGAGAGGUUAUGGCAAGAUCAACAAGUCUCGCAUCCCCUUGAACGAUAACAAGCUCAUCGAUGAGAAGCUCGGUCAGUUUGGCAUCCACGGUAUGGAGGAUCUCAUUCACGAGAUCUACACUGUCGGACCCCACUUCAAGGAGGCCAACAACUUCCUCUGGCCCUUCAAGCUCUCUUCCCCCAAGGGUGGCUUCAUCCGCAAGCGUCACGGCUUCAACGAGCUUCGCGGAGGUGACUGGGGUAACCGCGAGCAGUUCAUGAACAACCUCAUCAAGAGGAUGAACUAAGCUAGUCGAUCACACUUACAAGCGAUUCGCCAUCAGCCAUUGAGGUUUUCGUCGUCUGAUUACCGCAGACGUCGCAUAGCCAGAUAUGGAGGUUUCGAUUUGAGCCUAUUUGAGUAGCCGCUUGGGAC